UAUUUAUUUCUCCAAUCCCACAUUCAUUUGUUUAAUCAUUCACUUAUUUAUUCUGUACACGUUCACAUCUAAGCGCUCUCGUAGCAUUUUUGUACAAAAAGAAGUUGAGAAAAAAAGACGAGAACGCAGUAGUAUGGAUGGGUGUUUUGGUUCCACGUCGAGUAAAGAACACCGAAUUCAGCUUCACUUAUCUAUUAUAUGUACUGAUCCAUUCCAAUUAGUAAACUGUAAAAGAAAAAAGAGUAGCACUGUCAAGUCAACUAAAUUCACUAAAAUUCAAUUUUUUGCUAAAAAAAACUCCAACAAAAGUGAAAUAUAUAUUUCCCACUAUUUUAAAUCAAAUGAAUAAACUAAAAGUUAACUUUUAUCUAAAAAAUACUUCAGCGAAAAGGAAUAUAUAUUUUAAGUCACUAUUUUAAGUCAAAUGAGUUAACUAAAAGUUAACUUUUAACUUGAAAAAAAAAAGAAAGAAGAAAAGAAAAAAGAAAAAAAUUCAGACGAAAAUAUAAUAUAAUAAGAGUAUGUCUUUCAGUUUUAGACCAAAAAGUGAAUUACAAACGACCGGCAUAGCUCUACCACUGAGCUAAUAAAAAACAAACCUCGCAGGGAUAGUAAUUUCAGUCGUUAAUAACCUAUUCAUUUUUUCAAUAAACAAAUAAACCAUCCAUCACUUCAUUUACCCCCGACAAGGAUUUCUUGAUCUGCCAACACCAGGGAACUAUAUGCUGAUCGAACCAACCUUUGCUGUUUGGCCACCUUGUUCAAUGGCAUCAAUCACGAUUAAAAAAGUUAUGUUGUAAUCUUAUUUCAUAUGCUUGGAGACCGUUUGUCUAAGAAUUUGAUUGAGGAUCCAAUAAUGUUAUGGUCUUAAGGCCCGUUUACACUUGCGAUUUUUGCAGAACGAUUCUCGCGGAGAUCUUCGUUUGACCAUCGCCUCCAGGAGUUUCGAACGUGCUUGAAAAUUUGCUGCAACUUYGCGGCGAUYUACCAUUGUCGCAUCAAUGGCAUGGCUGUUUACGAUUUGAGUUGCGCGACAGCAAAGUGGCGAUUAUCGCGCUGCAAAAAUCGCAAGUGUAAACGGGCCUCCAGGUUGUCAUGGGAAGGGYAGGAUCAUGACRUUAUCUAYCCUAGGGKUUUGUAUAGAUUUCAUCCGCUGGGUAAUGAUUUGAACAGUGCCAUACACCCUAGAUGGCCCCAGGGCUUGUGAUUAAUUCAUUCAGCCAUUUAAUUAUCAAAUCUAUUCUUUUAUUCUCAUUAAUUUGCUUAUUUUGUUCGAAUAUUCCCGCCUGCCUGUCCUUAAUCUGUAUUCCUUCACAUUAAUCCAUUUAUUUUCUAUAGAUAAGGUUAGUAUGUUAAUGGCCUUUUCGAGGUUAGUUGCCCACGAGSCCGAUCUUUAACUCCGGUUAAUAUACCUACUAUAGGAUCGCCGUACUCACCCUGGAUGGGUAUAUUGAAGGUUAUACCCCCAGCAUACUUGGUCUGUUAUAUUGAUUGAUUGCACACCAAUUACUCAAUAAUGCCAUAACCCUUCAUUUUUUUUUUCAAAAAAUACUUAUGUGACCCUCGAGAUUAGAUAUAAUGUACCCACAACGACGCCAUUUCUAUUGAUAUAUUGUACAGAACACACCUGGAUUCUCGAUAACACACCCGAUAUCAACAUACUUAUAUCAUUAGACCUUUUUAGUAAAGCAUGUUUUAUAAGUAAACUAGCAAAGAAGAACUAGCUGUAUCACAGUCUAGUCGAUAGRACMACCUUUUGACCGAAGCCGAGCAAGACGACACGAGCAAAUGAGUCGAGAACGGUUUGUAGCAGUAAAGAAAGAUAUAAUCUUGAAAUCAAAGCAACGCUGUUUUGGAUUCGUAAAAAAAGAGCCUUUAUAGAUGAACAUUUGAAAGGAAGUCUUACUAAAAGUCAUCAUCAUUAGAAGUUUGUCAACACUUUUCGCCAAGGAAGCAAUAAAAAGGGACGAAAAUGGAUUUUAAAAUCAAUUAGCUUAGCUGGAAGUCAAAACCUGAAUAAAAAAGCUAUUUGGAAGGAGAACUUCCGCCUGCAUGACACGAACUGAACCCUUCGAGCCACAGUAUAUAAGGAGUAACAGCCAGUYUACAACUUGGGAAGAUGUUUUAAGGAAACCACCAAGAAAAGUGCAAUCUAUCGCUAAUUCUGUGGAAAAAGAAGAAUAUAUAUUCCAUCUCUAGAGAAGACGAGCAACACGAGAUCUAAAACACAAUUCAUUAGCCAAAGUCUGUUGAAAAAGGACCAAAAGCAAACUUCUUCUUCGAGGAAAAACAUUUGUGUGUCCAGUAAAAACAGAMAUUUUCAAAAGAGACAUUACAAGCUUCUGAUUUGUAUCUCAAGAGGAAAACUAUUCCACUGUAAAAGAGRAAAUAAUAGUCAAUCUUCACUGGAGAAAUAUAUCGCUCAGUGGUAAAGCGUGCAGACGAACGGAAGAGAUCGCAAAGUGUACGAAACGAUACUAAACAUCAGUCGUACAAUAUCGUGUGCAAACAGCCAUUGCCUUCAAUCAAGUAGUGGCCAUAAUCUAUCAUUUCAAAUGUAGAAACGCCUAAACAGAGUUACCAAGAUUACAAGGCUACCUUCCUAUGUAAGKACUGCCAUUGACAAAAGUCAUACCAUCAUCACUUAACACUGACAAUUCUAGCAAACAGGAACAAAAUCGCUUCCUUAUUCUCCAUAAGAAGAACAACUUGGUUAUCGUCAAAUUUGGACAAAGUGCUAUGAAAUGGUGAAUAAGUUUGUCGAGAUUGCCAAGGAAGAUUUGUAACACAUUAGAGAAUGAUUCAGUCGGUUAACAAAGAGUGAUUAUUUUUCGAGAAAAGCUAGAUUGGAUGAACUAUUUCCAUUAAACAGCGAAAGUGAUCACCAUUGUCAACUUGUUUGCACCAAGAGAUAUUAAGCUUACAAUACGACAACAAUUUGGCGUCCAGUACGAGAAACAUAAAGCAAACUGAGUUCUUCACUUAAAGAGUACCACAAAAAGAUAAACUGAUUAAUAACAAUAAUAAGCAAUGAAUAGAACGGUAAUGUUAUCCAACAACACAGGACAACCACCUCUAAUACCAAAAGAAACUACGUCUGCAAUAACUGCCGCAACAUUUACGUGCAUACUUAUAAUCUGCACACUUGUAGCCAACGUUUUCGUAUGCUUCGCAACGCUGCGAUUCGACUCAAUACGUCCGCUAACAAACUACUUCAUAGUCAAUCUAUGCAUYGCUGAUAUUUUCAUUGCUGUAAUAAGUAUGCCAGUGUGGGUACUUUAUCAGAUUUUCCCACAACCUCAUCAGCUGAGUUCCCUAUUAGGAGUGAAGUUUAUGUUGUUUUGGAGUAGUACCGACAUUCUCUGCGGCACUGCAUCGAUUCUGAGUCUAAGCUGUAUUAGUGUCGAUAGGUAUCUGGCCAUCACGAGACCGCUGACCUAUGUGAGGUGUAUGACGUGGCGAAGAGCAUUCGUGAUGAUCAUAGCUGUGUGGUGUUAUGCAGGGACCGUGGCGUUUCUAAGACAACCGAUGAGAGGAGGUCAAAGUAAUACAUUGUACGCUCUAUUCGUGUUGAUGGCAAGCUUUGUUCUCCCGCUGAUCGUCAUCGUCGUCACAUACAGUAAAAUCUUCUGCGUGGCUAGAAAGCAUGCGCGAGAGAUGGUAAGRAGAUCUAGUAUUUCACAGGAAACUUCAGAGAAGUUUAAGAGAGUAUCACGUGACCUCAAGGCCGCCAAAACCAUUUCCGUUGUCAUAGGAACAUUUGUUUUCUGUUGGGCGCCUUUCUUAAUCCUGAGCGUCUGUUACGCGUACAAAGUCAAAAUCCACAUGGACGUUGCAAAUAUAACGAAGUGGAUGGCAUAUACCAACGCUCUAYUGAAUCCCUUGGUUUAUUCGUUUGUUGAUAAGCAGUUGCGUAGUCUUGUUAUCAAGGUUAUAAUUUGCUAUAACAGGCAGCGUGAUCCCGAAGUGCAUAUGCCAYUACGUGCUAUAUGAAAGAAAAUGAGMAUCAARAGGCGUCGUUUGCCAUAGUGURCUAUGGUGGUACGUUGUCUACAUAGCUCUUCGCUGCAAUCACCUGCUACCAUAGUCGACCGUAGUCUAUCACCUUGUACUUAUAGUACUUGGUAAGGUGCAUYGGUCUGCUUAGUUCGACAUCAUUUCCUAUGUUUCACCAUCUAUCAUCAACAUCGCCUGGCGGUUUUGCUUCACCCAACAUAUUUCACCAUAUUCACCAUGUAUUACUUCGCAGCCAUCGUUUAACCUCGUCUACUAUACUCUUCUUGUCAUUAUCCRGCCAUGGCCAAACAUGUUCUUCAAAAACUAUUGGUUAUCAGCCGAAUGUUUGAUAGCUUGGAGCAUUUUUAUACAUAUCGCAAGUUUAAAGGUUACCAAGUUGAAUUGCGUGACCUGAUGUGCGUGACCAAAGUAGGGUUUAUCGUAUCGCAAACACUUCAGGAGCUACUAAGACCUUUUAUCUAGGUACUCGUUUGAAUCACCACCAAAACGCGUUCAGCAGCAAUGCCAAACGCAUUACAAGGCGAUUGGGUUAACUACAUCGAUACUAGCCCUGAGAAAUUUUCCGUGCAAGUCACGCAGCAGUUUGACAUCGCUCAAAGCCAAAAAUUACACUUUGGAUCAAAUACGAUCAUUAAACUAAGUGGAUUUAUUAACCGCAAAUGACAAAUAAUCACCUAUUAUUCCAAUCAAGAUGGAAAGAAACGUCAAUCUUAGGUAGAUAAGUGACGUCAUUUUGUUAAAAAUCAUCAAUGACGUCAAAGAAACUAUGACGUCAUAGACAUAAUGAUGUCCGCUCAAUUCACCAUACAUGGCAUGUUAUUGACGUCAUGCCUAGUCUCAGAUAACA